UGUUCUCCGCCCUCAGGCUCGCGAGGUGUUAAGUGAACGCUGUCCCCGCCCACCGGGCUGCAGAUGGGUUCCCGGCUCUCGCGGUUCGCCAUUGGGUCGGCUGGCGGCUGAGGUGGAGAUGGCUGUCACGCUGCAGAGCAUCGAACGGCUGUCCAGUCGGGUGGUACGAGUGUUGGGCUGUAACCCAGGUCCCAUGACCCUGCAGGGCACCAACACCUACCUGGUGGGGACCGGCUCCAGGAGAAUCCUCAUUGACACUGGAGAACCCUCAAUUCCAGAAUAUAUCAGCAGUUUAAAGCAAGCUCUGGCUGAACUUAACACAACAAUCCAGGAGAUCCUAGUGACUCACUGGCAUAAGGAUCAUUCUGGAGGCAUAGAAGAUAUUUGUAAAGACAUCAAAAAUGACACUACCUAUUGCAUCAAAAAACUUCCACGGAAUCCUCAGAAAGAAGAAAUUAUAGGAAAUGGAGAGCAACAGUAUAUUUAUCUGAAGGAUGGAGCUGUGAUUCAGACCGAAGGAGCUACUCUAAAAGUUAUCUCUACACCUGGCCAUACUGAUGAUCACAUGGCUCUCCUCUUGGAGGAAGAAAAUGCCAUCUUUUCUGGAGAUUGUAUUCUUGGGGAAGGAACAACUAUAUUCGAAGACCUCUAUGAUUAUAUGAACUCCCUAAAAACAUUACUGAAACUCAAAGCUGCUAUUAUAUAUCCAGGACAUGGCCCAGUAAUCCGUGAUGCCGAAGCUAAAAUUCUGCAGUAUAUUUCUCACAGGAAUAUUCGAGAAGAGCAAAUUCUCACAUUAUUUCGUGAUAACUUUGAAAAAUCAUUUACAGUUAUGGACAUAGUAAAAAUUAUAUACAAGAAUACUCCUGAGCAUUUGCAUCAAAUGGCUGAACGUAAUCUCUUGCUUCAUUUGAAAAAACUAGAAAAAGAUGGAAAAAUAUGUAAGUGAACUUCUAAAUUUGAAUUCCUAUAUGGAAAAAACAGCACCAAUCAGAGUUCACUCUGGUUGGUUGGAGAGACAGGUUCUAGGAAGGUUGGCAGCACCAGGCUAAUUGGCAAUGAGUUGAAACCAAAAGCUCCCACAGGAAUCAGAACACCAUGUAGGGCUCCAGGGUCCACCACCAUAAGGACAGCCAAAGGUGUGUAUCACGAGGAAGAACCUUACCUGUGGAAGAUUUGGAAAUAAGCACUGGUUUUAUGUAAGUUCUAGUAAAGUUAAUGAAGUCAAUACACUGAAGUAGUAAUUCCUGUAAUUUACUAGUGUUGGAUUAAUUGGUCAAAAUCAGUAAUUUUUAUGAAAGUUUAGUCCGUAAAAUCAAAAAGUUCUUCAAAGCUUGAAUUUUGUCUAGAAG